AUGCUGUCGAAAGAGGCCUCUAUGCUACGUCGUGCUCUCGAUCAAGUCAAGUUCGACUCCCUCCAAGCGCAGGAUGAGCACCUCAAGCUCAUCGCAGAGAAGGAGAGAGGCUACACGCCCGAAGAGAAUCUGGGGCGAAAGCUCGAGGAGGCCACCAAGGCCAUCAAGCUUCUGCUGGAGCAGCUCAAUGAUGUGCGCGAAUCCGAUCUCAACUCGUUGCAGACUGCUCUCAGUGAGCUCGACUGCGCUAGGAAGGAGCUGCAGCAGCUCCUUGCUGAGGAGCUUUCGCUACGCGCUACUGUUGAGUCGCUCGAGCAUGAGUUGGAAAAGCUUAAGAGGGAUCACACCGAGUGUGAGAAGAAGCUGUCGGAAGCAGAGUUGGAUAUCGAGCAGAUGAGGCUCGACCUAGCUGAGAGGACGGUCGAGCUUGAGACGGCCCAGUCUAGGAAUAUACGCGAGGAAAUGCAGUGCACUCUCGAUAAUUUGCUAGCACAAGUUCAAACGGAACGAAGCCAAGCAGAGAAGUUCCACAACGACAUCCAACUACUAAGGCAACAAACCGAAGUGGCAAACGCUACAGCCAAAGAAACCGACGAGAAGCUGCAGCUCGCGUUGCAGGAGGCCGAGGAGGCUAAGGCAGCACAAAAGUGCGCAGACAACCAGAUAUGA